GAACUAGGGGUGCAAAUACGUGCAAUUACAUCGUUAUCAUUAAGCGCUUGAGGUGCCUCCUCGCCAAACUCGAAAGGAAACAAAGAUGAAAGAUGACAGACAUUCAAGGACAUCUCUCAGAAAGGGCUCAAUCGGUGGAAAAUGAAUAAUCGAAGAGCCACCUCUAUAUUCAAGGUUGCAGCAGGUGACAGGCACCUGACAAAAGGAAGAGGCGCCAGAGACAAAUGACUUGACAUUAUUUGACAAAUACAGUCUAAGGGAAUAUUGGAAGAGCCAAACCUAACUUUGCAAGUCCAAGUAUCCCUCGUACGAAGGGAGGACCGAUCAUGAGGAUCACAUAAAAGAAAUCUUUUCGGAAGAUGCAGCUACAUAUCCUUUACAAAGUGUCUCCCUCUACCUUCACCGAAAGAUGCAGGCAUGCAACAAUUGUGGGUUAAAACGAGCAGACACUGACAAUGAUCUCCUUGGUUAAUCUUUAAAAAAAAAGAGCCUCCACCACAACAUGGCGUGAUGUUUUGAGGAUAUCGUUUACCGUGCUUAGACAGAUGGAGCUCAUAUAGCUCGCUUCCUCCGUCGAGGAGAAGUUAAGCGCGUUAUUUCCUUUUCAGGAGCGCUGGAGCAAUGCUUUGGGGAGCACCACCAACGGUUAAGGGUGUUGAACCCCACCGCUUUCUUUGCCGCCAACACGGAAGAGCCUUAGAGCUUGUGCUCGACUCUUUAGUUGAGUUUCGGGCGCCUGGAUAACAGGUCCCCAUGAGAGGCGAUGUCCCCAACACAUCCCUUGAAAUUUCCCUGCUUAGACACAUGGAGCUCAUAUAGCUCACUUUCUUCGUCGAGGAGAAGCUAAGCGCGUUAUUUCCUUUUCAGGAGCGCUGGUGCAAUGCUUUGGGGAGCACCACCAACGGUUAAGGGUGUUGAACCCCACCACUUUCUUUCCCGCCAACACGGAAGAGCCUUAGAGAUUGUGCUCGACUCCUUAGUUGAAUUUCGCGCGCCUGGAUAACAGGUCCCCAUGAGAGGCGAUGUCCCCAACACAUCCCUUGAAAUUUCUCUGCUUAGAUAGAUGGAGCUCAUAUAGCUCGCUUUCUCUGUCGAGGAGAAGUCCUGGUGCGUUAUUUCCUUUUCAGGUUCGCCAAUGCAAUGUUGUGGGGAGUACAACCAAACGGUUAAGGGUGUGGAGCCCAACCGCUCUCUUUCCCGCCAAACAGUAAGAGCCUUAAAGAUUCCGCUUGACUUUUUAGUUGAGCGUGGUGCGCCUGGAUCCCAGGUCCCCAUGAGAGGCGAUGUCCCCAACACAUCCCUCAAAAUAUCCUUGCUUAGACAGAUGGAGCUCAUAUAGCUCGCUUCCUCCGUUGAGAAGAAGCCCGGCGCGCUACCUCCUUUUCAGGAGCGCCACUGCAAUGCUUGGGGAGCAUCACCAAAUGAUUAAGAGUGUGGAACCCAACCGCUUUAUUUCCCAUCAAAGAGAAGAGACUUAGAGUUUGUGCUUGACUCUUUAGGUGAUUGUCAGGCUCCUAGAUCCCAGGUCCCAGUGAGAGGUGAUGUCCUCAACACAUCCUUCAAAAUGCUCAUGCUUAGUCAGAGGGAGCCCAUUGUGCUCGCUUACUCCGACGUGGAGAAGGCUAGACGAGUCAUCCCCGUCAUCACUAGGAGGUGGUGCAUUGACUUCAUGGGAGGAGGGUCCAUCAACCUCAUAGUUGGAGGUGCCAUGCACCUUGAAUCGUGUAUUGAUACUUUAAAAAAGAAUGUCAUACAUUACGAAGAAAAUAAAGACCCUAGGUGCUCAACCAAAAAUUCAGUAACGACCAAGCAACGACAAUUCGCCUCAGCGCUCUAUUGAAUGGAAAGGAAAAGAAGGGCGCAAGCACUCUAAAACAAGAACCUAGGAGACCACACCUCGACAAGGAAAAGAGAAAGAUUAUAUGAUGAGGCGCUCUCAAGAUCGACACAUUAAGGAAGAGCUUGACAUUGAAAAAGUCUCACAAGGGGUGAUUGAACGUUCACCCAUUAGCUCAUCCUCGUUUUAAAACAAGUUUGACAAGGGAAAACAAGCAAAGAAGUGGGGGUGCCAGACAUCCUGCCACUGAAGGUCAGGCACUUCGCUGAAGGAGUAAGGUGUCUGGCAUCCCACUGAAGGUCGGCCCUCGGCAAAAGAGCGAGGCGCCCGAUGAAUUGCCCACACGUUCUAGUAAUCCAAAACAAGUAAUGUUAUACCUACAAGAGUUAGGUUAGAAGUCAUUAACGUAAUACAUAAGAGAAGGAGCGAGGCACCAAACACCAACUGAAGGUCAGACACCUCGGAAAAGGAGUGAGGUGUCAGGCGCCCUACCAAAGGUCAGGCACCCCGACAAAGGAGCGAGUCGCCAGGCACCUCGUUGAAGCGCCUGUGCGCUCAAAUGAACCAAAGCAAGUAAUGUUAUAAUUACAAGAGUAAGGUUCUAAGUUGUUAGUGUCAUACACAUACAAAGGAAUGAGAAGCCAGGAGCCCCACUGAAGGUCAGACACCUUGCUAAAAGAGUGAGGUGUCAGGCGCCCAACUAAGGUCAGACACCUCGGCAAAAGAGCGAGUCUCCAUCUGCCCCACUCAAGGUUAGGCGCCUGGAUGAAGGAUCGAGGUGUCAGGAGCCCCACUGAAGGUUAGACACCUCGCUGAAAGAGUGUGGUGUCAGGCUCCUCGCUGAAGGAGUGAGGUGAUAGGCGCUCAACUAAAUGUCAGACACCUAUGUAAAUGAGCGAGUCGCCAGGCACCUCACCAAAUGAGUGAGGUGUCAGGCACCCUAUCAAAUGUCAAACACUACGACAAAGGAGCGAGUCGCCAUGUACACCGCUGAAGGUUACGCGCCUCGCUGAAGGAGUGAGGUGCCAGGUGCCCAACUGAAGGUCAGGCACCUCGGCAAAUGAGCAAGUCACCAGACACCUCGUUGAAUUUGGGUCUUAAGGCAACAAACGACAAGCUGGGUGACAAAUGCUUACCAAAGACAUAAGCGAAGGAGUGAGGCGCCAGACACCCCACUGAAGGUCAGGCACCUCGCUAAGGAGUAAGGUGUCAGGCGCCCAACGGAAGGUUAGACACAUCGGCAAAGGAGCGAGUCGCCAGACACCUCGUUGACUUUGGGUCUUAAGGCAACAAACGACAAGCUAGGUGACAAAUGCUUACCAAAGACAUAAGCGAAGGAGUGAGGCGCCAGACACUCCACUGAAGGUCAGGCACCUCGCUAAGGAGUAAGAUGUCAGGCGCCCAACUGAAGGUCAGACACAUCGGCGAAGGAGCGAGUCACCAGACACCUCGUUGAGUUUGGGUCUUAGGGAAACUAACGACAAGCUGGGUGACCAGUGCUUAGCUAAAGAAUCGGAGCAAGCACUCUUCUAAAAGAUCACAAGUAAUCGAAAGAAAAAUGGAGCAUCUUAGACAAUGAAUGGAAAGCAUUUGAAUAUAAGUGGUAUCUUUUGGCAAAAAGAAAAAAAUGGGAAAAGAGCGCUAGGCGCUCGUUUCAAAUGGGCAGGCACAGUCAAAGGAAAACUGACAAGUUUGUUUCGACUUCAUUUGAUUGUCAAGAUAGAUUGAAUACUCUAACACGAGCGUAGGCACAUCCUUUAAGAUGAAAGAGUAGUCACUUAGGAAAUAAUUGAUGAAGAACGGAAGAAUGCAAGCGCCAGGCGCUUGAUAAAAGGGGCAUGAUUGC